AUGGCAGCUAAGUUCAUCGUAGUCCUCUCCCUGGCCGUGGCCGCCUCCGCCAUACCCUUGGUUCCCGUCGCAAAAUACGCGUACGCCGAAGCCGAAGCACCCGCUCAUUACGACUUCCAAUACUCCGUCCACGAUGAGCACACUGGUGACAUCAAGCAGCAACAGGAAUCCCGUGCCGGUGACGAUGUCCACGGCUCCUACUCACUAGUACAGCCCGAUGGUGUCCACCGCAUUGUUGAGUACACUUCAGACAAGGAACACGGUUUCAACGCUAUUGUACGUUACGAAGGCCACCCCAUCCCGCAACCCGCUCCUGCUAAGGUCGCAUACGCCGCGCCUGCCAAGAUCGCAUAUGCUGCACCAGCCAAAAUCGCAUACUCCGCUCCCAUCUCCUAUGCUGCUCCCGUAGCCAAGGUCGCGUACGCUCCCGUUGCCAAGGUCGCAUACGCUGCUCACCCCCUAACUCAAGUCACCUUCUCUUCUCCUACCAUCUCCUACCACCACUAAGA